UCAGCCCCAGAGUUUGACAGAAGUUUGAAUCGGCCUCGGGGGCUUUCUGCAGCCGGCGGGGCAGUGCGGCGGACACAGCCUCGGAGAGCGCGAGCAGCAGCGCCCCCCACGACCCAGCCCGCCAGCCAGCCUGGAGCCCGGCCUGCCCACGGCCGCGAGCCCGCCGUCCCCAGCGCCCCCGCGCGCCCCGCAGUCUCCCGGCCAGGGAGCCGAAGCCCCACACUGCUCCCCGCUGCACCAGCAUGUCCUCGACGGAGAGCCCCGGCCGCACGUCGGACAAGUCUCCGCGCCCGCAGGUGGACCGAUUGCUCGUGGGGCUGCGCUGGCGGCGCCUGGAGGAGCCACUGGGCUUCAUCAAAGUUCUCCAGUGGCUCUUUGCUAUUUUCGCCUUCGGGUCCUGCGGCUCUUACAGCGGGGAGACGGGAGCCAUGGUUCGCUGCAACAACGAAGCCAAGGACGUGAGCUCCAUCAUUGUUUUGUUCGGCUACCCCUUCAGGUUGCACCGGGUCCAGUAUGACAUGCCCCUCUGUGAUGACGACUCCACCUCCAAAACCAUGCACCUCAUGGGAGACUUCUCUGCCCCCGCUGAGUUCUUUGUGACCCUUGGCAUCUUUUCCUUCUUCUAUACAAUGGCUGCUCUAGUCCUCUACCUGCGUUUCCACAACCUCUACACAGAGAACAAACGCUUCCCACUGGUGGAUUUCUGUGUGACCGUCUCCUUCACCUUCUUCUGGCUGGUUGCUGCAGCUGCCUGGGGCAAGGGCUUGACCGACGUCAAAGGGGCCACACGGCCAUCCAGCCUGACUGCAGCCAUGUCCGUGUGUCAUGGAGAGGAUGCAGUGUGCAGUGCCGGGGCCACACCCUCGAUGGGGCUAGCUAACAUUUCUGUGCUCUUCGGCUUUAUCAACUUCUUCCUGUGGGCUGGAAACUGUUGGUUUGUGUUCAAAGAGACACCGUGGCAUGGACAGGGCCAGGACCAGGGCCAGGGCCCCAGCCAGGAGAGUGCAGCAGAACAGGGAACGGUGGAGAAGCAGUGAACAGCUGACUACUCCCGAACUGGACAGCACCUCUUCAUCUUCUCCGGCCUCCACAGGCCCUUCCUUCUUCUCCUCCAGCUCCCUUCCCCCAUCAUUCUGGGCUUUGAGAUUUGAGACGCUGGAUGCGUAGUCACCAGCUAUUGGUAACCUGGGCAGUCCUCCACUGGCUUCCUGAUCCCUCACCCUGCUGGAGCUGCAAAUGGCAAGAACUCAGUACUUCUUGUCCACUGCCUGGACUCAGGCAUCUUACUGCGCUUUAAUUUGUGUUCUCAAGCCUCUGAGAAAGAGCCUCUGCUUGCCGCAGGUGAGGGCAGGAAACUAGAGUCCUAAAGCUGGUCUCUAAAAGCUGCCCUGCUAUCACUGGUCUAGUCUCCGUGCAGUGGGGGAGGGGAGGCCAGCCGGCAGCCUUGCCCGGAUUCCCGAUUCCCAUGUGCAGGUGGUUUGAUGACACCUGUCAGUCAUCCGGUCUCUGUAUCUUAUCUCUAGUCCUCCUAGAGCCCAGUGAGCCCCCUAAUCUCCUCUCUGGCCUCUGUUUGUCCAUAGCUCCCACCAUGUGUGAAACAGGGAGCCCCACUACCCUCUCCAAGGGCCCUCUAAAGGUCCACGUGAGGCCUGGGCUCAGCGGGAGCAGACGGAGUGGUCAUUGUGUUGCAGCUUCAGGGAAGAGAGUCAGGAAAGUUGCUGGCAGAACACAUUUUUUUCCGGGCCUUCAGUUCUCCCUCUCCCUCAGCUGGAACACUUUCAGUAGCUCCCUAAACUCCACUUACUCAUGAAACCCCAACUUCCUUCUCCUUCGUGGGCUUGGUUUUGUCUCACACUUAGGAAACAAGAGGAGAAGGCUAGGAAUAUUUCCACUUCACUCCCCCGCCCCCCCCCCCCCCGACAGCCUGGCUCCCUCCCUAACCUUUUGGAGAUGAGGCAUUUAAGAUUUUUUUUUUUUAAUCUGUCCAGGCCUUUCUUUCAUUCCUGGGCAUUGGGAGGGCCUAAAGGACCAUCCAUGAGGCUGAAGUGCCCAGGAGUCCCAGGACAUGGAGAGAUGGCCCCACUUGUCUCUUACUGUCUGCCCAUUUUCUCAAACCAGCACCUUUUCUAGAUCUUUCAUACCUUUCCUUUCUCAUUUUUACAAGGGGGUGUUCUCUCUCCUCAUCUCUCAAAGUCCUCCCUUGCUUCCAUAUAGUAGCCAGACUCUACCCCUUCCCCAACCCUGGGCAGCCCGAUGAUAUUGGUGCUUCUUCACUUCGGGACCCAGUUCCAUAUUUGUCUUUGGUGGUCUCCUCUUCCUGAUACCUCCUUCCAUCCCUUCUUGGGCCCCAAGGUCUGAGGGCACUAACCGGAUAAAUACCAUCUGCUUCCUAUCCAGAUCAAAACCCCUUGGUCUACCCUGGCAGUAAGGCUGCUCAGGAAGAGAUGAAGAAGGAAGAAUCCAGCCAUUUCCCAAUUUAGUGCCAACUGGCCCACUUAGUAUCCCAAAGAUGAAUGUGUCCCAUGCUAAUCUGUCCUCAAGUCAGGGCCCAACCCUCUCCAGCCUCCUCAUCUUCCUCAAUGCUACCUACAUCAAAUGUGGAUUAAUUGGGUUUCCAGGGCUUAGAGCCCUUAACUUUGGGCCAUCCAUUUCUUCUUUGAGUUAUAAUUCCCCACUUGACAGGGGGAGUAUGAUAUUUACACACUUCUAGAUGCUCCUGAGCCCUUCAUUAAAAGAAUUUGGAAUUUUUGUUUUCUGUUUUAGAUUUUAGGAAAAGAAUUUAAGGAGGGAAAAAGUUGAUGGGGGUGAGAAUGUUCCUAAAUCUGAAACUGUCUAUCCUAAGUUGUCCCCGUGGUUAAGGAUGAGGGGAACAGUUUUGCCUACAGCUCUAAACAUACAAAGAACAAAGGGGUGACCUUCAUUUUUCUUCAAGCAAGCCCCUGUGGGGAUCUGUGAGCAGCUUCUAUUCGAACUGUGUUUGGAUUCUGUGUCUAUAUUUAUAAUUUAUUUGAAACGUGAUGGAUAAAGUGUUCUCAUUUGGGGCCUAAGUUAGCAACUGGCCCAUCACCUGCUUUAGAAAGGGAGAUGUCCAUGCCCACUGAGCACUCUGAGCCCAGAGGUCUCUCUAGGACUGAGAAGGCUCUUCCUCAUCAAGAUUCUGACUGGUUCAUGGCCAGAAGAGCCUUGGUUUAGGUUGUGGCCUCUCUCUCCAUGGUCACCCUAAGAGGAAAGACCAGUUCACCUCAUUACCUCUAGGGGGCUGAGCAGGAGUAAGUGCCAAGGACAGGGCUGUCCUCACAGGACUCUCCAUCCAGGGCUGGCACCACAGGCCUGAAGUAGGAGGUGUCUGGUUUCUCUAGCUGUUGCAGGAGGCCAACAAGCAGGGGACUUGCCCUUUGCCCCGGUAGACUUGACCAUGUGGAGAUGCCCAUUCUGGACCUUUUUUAGACAUGAGUUCCCUUCAACAUCCUGACCAUGGGUCUCCUAAUCCUGAGAUUGCAGAUCGAGGAUGGGGGGAGAAUGUUGCAUGCUGUUUUCCGGUGCUUGUUAUAACACAUUUGAAUAAA